ACUCUUCUAGGACACGCCUCUCCUCCGUGUGACCGCCCCUGCCCGGGAACGUUUGAGCCCGUGUGUGGCACCGACGAGAACACUUACCGCAAUCUCUGUGUCUUUAACAAUGCCAGAUGUAAGGACAGAAGCCUCAAAAUAAAAAAAGAGGGGAUAUGUGGACAUGCCCUGCCUCCAUGUGACCGCUCCUGCUUCGAAAUAUAUAAGCCUGUGUGUGGCACAGACGACAAGACUUACGAUAACGAGUGCUACUUUGAGAUUGCCAAAUGUAAGGACCCAAGCCUAGAAAUCAAACAUGACGGGCAAUGUGAUGAUGGGUGUCCCGUUUUCUGUCCCCUGUAUGUGGACCCCGUGUGUGGCACUGACGGGAAGACCUACGGAAACUACUGCCAACUCGCUGCUCGGGCAAAGUGUGAAGAUCCCACCCUGAAAGAGGCCUACCCAGGGCGAUGCAGAGAUGGCACGAACUGGUAGCACCCAGAAGGACCCCAGACUAACCCACAACGAAAGCAGAUGGACCCACGCUAGGACCCAUGUUAUGACCCAACGCACAUUCAUUUUUCAUUCUUUUUCUUAUGUUGUUCUAUGCAAUGUUCAAAUGACAUAAAAUUAACUAAUGCAUGCUUGUAAAAUAUAGUACUUCUUUUGAUGCAAGUAAAGUAACGGCAACCA